UCCCCCAGUCCUCGAGGUACAUCUGACUGAGACCCACAAUGUCACACACUCCCCGCUGCAAACUAGUUGACUAUUUUGAAGAGCUGAGUGAAGAGGAAUUUGAGAAAUUUAAGAUGCACCUUGAGGACUACCCAGUGGAGAAGGGCUACAAGCCCAUUCGUCGCUCCAAGACUGAGAAAGCUACCCACAUUGAAAUAGCCCGAUACAUGAUUGAGGCAUAUGAUGAUGCCAAGGCCCUGAAGGUGACCGUCAGCAUUCUGGACAGAAUAAAUAAAAAGGAUCUGGCUGCAAGAAUCCAAAACGAGAUGCUGGAAUAUUUCCUUCCAAAACCAUCCGCCAUGACCAAAACAGAGAAAAAGGCACAAGAAAAAAUAAUACUGUCAAAUCUAUAUGACAAGUUUUUUGGGAUUCCAAAGAAAGUUGAAGUGAUCUUGGAUCCCAAGACAGCUUAUCCUGCUCUCAUCCUUUCAGAAGAUCAGAAAGGGGUACAUAUGGGGGAGCAAUCCCAGGUCCUUUUUGACAAUCCUGAGCGCUUCCGUUUUUUGCCAGGUGUCCUGGGAGCAGAAGGCAUUGACUCUGGGACUCUAGAAUGGGUGGUGGAAGUAGGCAAGGCCAAAGAGUGGGCCGUUGGGAUUGCUCGGGAAUCAGUAGAAAGAAAAUAUUCAGAAGAUAUCACCAUUAAUCAAGGAUUCUGGGUACUGCAGCUAACACAAGGAGAGUACCAAGCUUCUACAAGCCCUCCCAUCAAACUUACACUUUGGAAAUCACCACAACGUAUCUUGAUUAUCCUGAAGCAUGAUUUUGAUAGACUCAUCUUUUACAAUGCUGACUCAAUGGAUCACAUCUUUACUUUUAAUUAUCCAUUUUCUGAGAAAGUGUUCCCUUUUCUCUUAGUGAGAGACAAAGAGACUCCCUUGAAAAUCUCUCCAAGAACUUCAGUGACAAGACAUGGAGAGGAAAAGAAAAAUGAGUUUUGAAUCAUUUGUUUAUUUACUCUGGAACAGUUUCUUUUAGAAUGACUGAGUUUACUGUUUUAUUAAUCUUUGAUUCUUGCCUAAAAUGUUUUUGAACCUUCAAUCUAUAUCUUAAUAAAGAAUAUAUAGAUAGAUGGUAGAUAGAGACGGUUUUUUGUUUAAAUGCUUGCUGUUUUCUUAUUAUUGUGUUCUGUAUAUUUUUAUUUAAUGUUUUAAUGUAAAUUAUUGUACUAAUUGAUGAUUUUGUUUUAAGCAUUUUUCUGACUUUAAAAUAUGAAACAGAAAUAUGUGCAGCUCAGAGUUUGAUAUUUUAGUUGUGUGUGAACUUGAUUGUUGUUUGUAGAAAUUUGAUUACCCAACUUGGUAAUAUCACCAGUGUGAAUGAGUAUGGGGUUUGCUGCCUGUUCAUGUGUAGUAGCUUGCUCUACCAAUUUAUGUGUAGCAGCUUGCUGUACCAGUUCUGGCAGUGAUAUGAUUUCUUCCUUGGUGAUUCCCAUCCAUUCCAAGAAUUCCACAAAUAUGAAACCUUGUACUAGUUUUUAUAACUGAAUUAACUAGUUUAAUAUUUUAUUUUUCAUGUUCUAAACAUUUGAAUUGCUUUCAUUUCUUAACUGAACAGAAAUACAGAUUAUGGUAUAGAUUGAUAUAGGUUAAGUAAUCUUUCUUUGAGUCAGUCUAAGUUCAGUUGUUAAGAGUUCUUUUAUAUUCCUUAAAAUCCUUUCCCCUUCUAUAGUUGCUCGCCGCCUUUAACUCUCUUCUCCCCUAGUCCUUCUGGGGUCUUUACUUUAUAGCUCUUCCCAAUCAGGGGAUCAACAUUUUUAGGUCCAAAAGGAAAAGGAAAAAGAACAGGCUCACUCAGUUUCAGCACGCUGUUGACAAUCAGCUGUUUAGCGGAGCGCCACUGGUCAUCACUUCUUUUGGCUGGUGACAACUUGGGCUGCCUGAGUAUUACAAAAUCUUUGCUCAAUAUUUAAUUAAUGUCAUGAAAUGGAACAGCUGGAUUCACAUAAAAUGCUAAACUAAAAUGAGAUUGAGGUUCAAUAUUUCUAGCAGAUUGCAUGAACUCAGCCAUUACAUCAAAUUAUGAUAUGGUUUACUAGUAAUAGCAUGUUGUGUAAUUACAGUAAUUAUGCUUAUUAAUCUGGUUUUAGGGUUCAGGGCAGAGUUUCUUAAACUUUUGUAGAACAUAGAACACCAGCCACACAUGCCUUUUAUCUGCAGCAUCUAUAGAUAUUUCUUUUUGGAAAAGAGGAGAUAAAAGGAAUAAUGACACAAAACCAGCUUUAAUUAUAUCUGUUCCUCUUUAUAUUAUAUGCAUUGAUUAUAUAGUGUAAAUAUUAACAGAAUAAAUGACUUUUCCUGAACAUU